CUGCAGCACAUUUUGAAAUUUCCAUCUCCACUUUUUAAAUCCAAGUUGUCGACCACAAUUUCAUCGCACGCUACUAAUAUACCCGCUGCAUUCGCAGCAACCAUGUCCCCAGCAACCGCUGCCGAACCGAAGAAACGAAGUUUGGCUCCCUGGCAGAACGCAGUAAGCGGUGCUACUGCUGGGGUGAUAUCCCGAUUCGUCAUUGCCCCCCUGGAUGUCAUAAAAAUCAGAUUUCAGCUUCAAACUGAGGAACUGCGACUUAGCCGGAUAAGGGGUGGAGAAGUUCCAGCACAAGUCAAGUACAGGGGACUAGCGCAAUCAUUUACGCGAAUCAUUCGGGAAGAGGGUCUCAGAGGGUUAUGGAAAGGAAAUCUUUCCGCCGAAUACUUAUACCUUGGAUAUGGGGCGGCUCAGUUUUACGCGUAUCCCGAGUAUGAGCGAUUAUUGAACCGGACAACGCAAUAUCUCAACUUCAAGCUCCCCACAGAGAUCGUUGCUUCCUUGGCUGGCGCCUUGGCAGGAUGCACUGCAACGGUCGCUACAUACCCAUUUGACCUUCUUCGGACGCGUUUUGCGGUGCAGGGACAACACGGACCCUACUCCGGCCUAGUCGAUGCGAUACGACAGAUUGCAGGAAAGGAAGGGCUCCCUGGAUUUUACAGGGGUGUCUGGCCUUCCAUGUUGCAAAUGAUGCCGCAGACUGGAAUCGUAUUUGCAAGCUUUUCGUUUUUUAAAAAGCAUCUAGACGGGUUGAAGGCGGGAGGAAUGAAGGAUUUCAUAAGCGGGGGUUUGGCUGGAAUGGUAGGGAAGGCGGCAGUGAUGCCUUUCGACGUAGUGCGAAAACGCCUUCAGGUACAAGGACCCGAGCGAAAUUCUUAUGUAGUAGGUGACGUGCCACGGUAUCCAAAGGGAUUCCUUCGGUGCUGCCGCCAAAUCGCCCGAUAUGAAGGAAUAUUAGCUUUAUACAAAGGACUGCUCCCUAGUUUGCUAAAGUCAGGUCCAUCAGCUGCGGUAACGUUUUUGGUAGUCGGAGCAUGUCAGAAAGCUUUUGCAGCAGUAGAUGGCGUAGAACGACAGUAAUUUAAAUAGAUGAACGUAUACAGUGUUGGUUAUUUAUAACCAGGCCUUCGAGUGUUUUCCAUCUGUGGGCAAACAAGAGGAUGUUCGGUCCGACC